UUGACCGUACACUUUGCCGUACAAAAACAACAAUGGCGUCUUCGGCGCUGGUUCACGUCAGAAUAUGUGGACAAGAAGUAAUCAAAUAUGACUUGCAAAUAAAGGCUCUCAUACAGGACAUCAGGGAUUGUCCUGGGCCUCAAACUGCUCUCAUGGAGCUCAACUCUCAGGUCAAAGAAAAAUUCAGUGAGCUGCGGCUCAGGAUACAGGAUCUGGAGCAGAUGGCAAAAGAGCAGGACAGAGAGUCAGACAGACUGGCCAUCAUGGCAGAGACAGAAAGCCAACGGCGGCAAAUGCUGAGUAACCAGAUAGCAUGGAGGAAAGCUAACUUGGCUUGUAAACUGGCUAUAGACAACAUGGAGAAGGAUGAGCUGCUGCACAGUGGAGAAAACCAGACCGCCAGACAGAGGAAGGUAACCAAGGAAAGUCUUGUUGAAAGCAGUAGUGACAUCACAGAGAGUCUGAUGUCCAUCUGUAGGAUGAUGUCUGAACAGGUGAAGCAGAGUGAGGACACCAUUGGUACCUUGGCUACCUCCUCCAGAACAGUGCAAGAAACUAACGAGGAGUUUAAAAACAUGACAGGAACCAUCCACCUGGGAAGGAAACUUAUUCUGAAGUACAAUCGACGGGAGCUGACAGACAAGCUGCUCAUCUUUCUGGCUCUGGCUCUCUUCUUCGCCACUGUUCUCUACAUCCUCAAGAAACGCCUCUUCCCUUUCAUCUAGAGAACCAGCUGUGUCCACCUCUGGCUUGUAAGAGGUUACCAUGUGGAGGUGUAAAGUAAAAUCACAGCUCACAUGGAGUAUUGGAACUAACAGCAAGACUGGACUGCGCUUCAUGGAGGCAGUGAAAGCAGUUUACCUUGUACAAUAUGCAAAAUGUUGCUUUACAAAAGUCAGUCAUUGUUUAUUUUUGUGUACACACUCCCUGUGUGUACACAAACUAAAGCUACACACUGCCUGAUUUUUCCCAAGAACUUUUGGGUGAAUGUGUCAUGUAGACUGAACCUUGAGUUCAUGCCGUUAACUGAAUUGUUAGAAGUUAAAGCUUCGCUUGUGACCGUUAGAAAAUUAUUUUGGAUAAGCACUUUAAAGCCUACUGAUCACAGCCAGAGUAUGCAAUAACUUUAGGUAUAUUUUUUAACAUUUCAUUGUGUGCUCUGAAAGUGUUGAGUCUACUCUGAGUGUUGCAAAGAUGCUGUUAAAGUUGUCGACGUGCCUUCUUCCCUCCAGUCUGACAUCCGUUAAGCUAACCUUCUUCACGUCCGCUCUUCUUCCUUGACUCCAAAAUGGUUCUUUCCCCACCUUGAUCAUUGUUACUCUAAAUGCAUAUCAAGGAGACAGACUGAAGCCUAACUUUAGGGGAAGGAACACGUGAAUCCUAAAUGGACAUCUUCUAUCGAGCUAUGUUACAGAAAUCAGGAACCUCCACAUGUAGCACAAAUUUUGAAAUCACCUUUGUGUGCAGCUGUGGAAUUGAGGAAAUUCUCGUUUUCAGAACUGGGUCCUGAUCGACAUUUACACCUAGACCAUGUCUGUAAAAGUCUUCUUUCUGAAUCAGGUUGAGUAUUUUGGACAUACUGAGAGAUGCAUAACUGGAGAUGCUAGAAUAUCCAACAUAUCACAAUUUCAGAUGCAAAACUGUGAAUGUGUGAAAAGACAUUUUGAAUAAAUAAAACUAUCCCAACACA